UUUCGAACCUCUGGAGCCACUCAGUGAGGGUAAAGGGCCGCAAGAAAAGCAGAUGAAGAGUAAGAGCGCUUCACGAGCUGUUUGUGUUUGUCCUGUGUCUGCAGAUCUCUCAAACCCCGCUUCGCUGAGACCUCAGGACACUCCCGAUGCAGCCCACUGGUGCGGCGCCGUCGUCCCGUCCCGCCAGCCCUGCCCUCUUCCAGCCCGCCGACCUCUUUGACCUGUCAUUGCCCAUCAGCAAGAUGGCCGCCAUGGCCAUGGCGACUGACGAUGCCAAACGAGCCGCUCUCCGCUCGCAGAUCGCCACCCGCACUCGGCAACAGGAGCUGCUGGGCCACACUGCGGAGACCGUCAACAGCACCCUGCUCAACGCCGUCCAGCAGCACAUCGACAAGGCCCUCACUCGUCUGGGCCUUCAAGACGUGUUGGCCUUCGACAUUGGCGGUGAUGUGGAGGCCGGCUUGAAGGCGGUCUAUGUGUUGGAGCGGGGCAGUGGCGAGGAGUGGCGGGCGAUGGGGCGAUUCCUUCGGCUGGCCUUCAUCUACCGGCUCACCCCCUAUGGGACGCGGCCCCUCCGGCUGUCGGCCGACUCGCUGCCCACAGCAAUGGCCUUCCACCAGCUGCCACUCGCCCUGGCCCUCUACAAGAUCAUCGGCCACCUACUCAUACGCGGAGGGAUCAGCCUGGCGCUGCAGCAAACCGACAACGGCCACUAUCGCAUCGGCGGUGUGGGUCUGUUUCGUGUGGUGCCAUUGGGUGAGCUGCCGGGCGGCCAUCGCUAUGCUGAGGGCUACAAGCUGACCGACCCCGCCAUCCGCUGGGGCAUCCUACUCAUUCCCUCAUUCUCGGCAUUCCUGCUGUACGGGCUGCUUUCCUGGUGGUGUGAUGGAGAGGGGGCGGGCAAGAAGAUGGUGCUGUUGGCACACAUCGGCCGUGGCAACGCUCGUCAUCGCCGUCUGCUAAGCGACGACAUCACAGAGGAUUUGGGCAUCGCUGUCGACUAUCGCAAUGACGGGGGCGAUCUGAAUCAUGCUGAUCCGAUUGACUUUCGUAGUGUGAUUGUCAGCGGCUGGCGAUCCAACGAGACCGUCGCUGUCCACCUGUAUGUGGGGAAUGGCUCGAUCAUUCUGCACACGACCGAGCCAUCUGCUGCCCAUCGGUCUCAUCCGCCCGCCGACCGCUACUCUGUGUCGGUUGGUGCCGCCCGCCGUCUGCUGCGGCCAUUCGGUCUCGAGACUGAUGUUAUCGACAGGGGAAGGGUGGUGAUGGAGUGAGGGCUGCUGGCUGGCUGGCGAUGGGAUGCUGCUGGUUUGUUUAUUUAGUGGGUAGAGAGGGUCUGCCUGUGUGUCUGACGAGUAGCGGUGGAAGGAAAGUGAGUGUAUUUGGAAUGGGUUACGUGCUUUCAUUGCAUUUGUGCCGUGAAUGGGAGAAUGUUCUAGUUGCCGAGUGGCAGGUAUAGCGCGGUGCACUGCGGCUCGACGCAGAUGAACAUUGACUGUUCGGGAAUUGACCGACCGACGGUGUGUUUCUUUUUGGUGCAUUUGGUCGGGUGUAUCCUGUUGACAAAGACUGACGGACAGACACCUGGGGAUUUGUCCGUUCGAUGGCCGUGUGGAGUGUGUCUGACAUAGACGUGUGUGUGUAUGCCAGCAGGUGUGGUGUUUGGGUGUGCUGAUCUGAUCUGUGUUAGCGUCUGACUGAUGGAUGGAUGUAUGGCUCGGCUCCAUCAGCAGGACAGGACGCUCUUCAUUCAUUCACGUGUGCCCUCC